CGGUAGGGUCGGACGGACUCCGCGGAGAACGGCGGCACGGCGGCGCUGGUAGGGUCGGACGGACCGGCGCGACCCACUGGUGGUGCGUCUGUCGGCGACCGUGUGUGACCGAGAGGCGGUUAUUGGUGACCGUGUGACCGAGACGCGGUGACCGGUGACUGUGUGUGACCGAGGGGCGCCAGACUGCGAGUGUGACCGAGGUGCGGUGACCGUUGACCGGUGACCAUGUGUGACUGAAUCAGUGACCGAUCAGCGGGAGGUGUGAUCGAUAACAGGUUACAGGUCACCCAGAGUGACAGCGGGCACGUGAUCGGGGUCUGUGAGGAGUUAGAGAUUCAGUGAAUAGUCGCAGUGAUUAAGGUACAUAUAUGUAGGUACUGAAAGGUAUACCUACAACCGUGACGACGUCCGCAUUUGAGGUGCCAUCUCUGCCUGAAAACAGUGCCCGGCUUUAUCAAGACUCACCAGUACGCCUGGUGUGAGAGGUGGCCUAAGAGAGUACAAGUUGAGACACUGCCGCCGGUCGAUUAAAAUUUCAAACCCAGAGAGAUUCAACUCAGCCCAGUGAAGUAACGCAUUGAUGGACGAGAGCUAAAACGCAGUACCGCCCAGCCAGAUGACCCCCACUGCUGAGACAGAAGUGGCCGUGGCCGUGCCGGCGACGGCGGCCCCGGCGCCGCCGGCUGCCCCGGCCCCGUCCCCGGAGAGCGGGGCGGACACGGGGGGCUGCUCGCCGCGGCCGGCGGCCGGCCCGCGGAGCCGGCUGUCGGUGCGCCAGGUGCGGCCCGACUCGCUCAGCGGAGACGACAUGAGCGCCGACGUGGCCUUCCUGAUCCGGCUGAAGGGCGCGCGCGGCGCGGCCGUCGACGCCGACGAGCUCAGCACGCUGGCGCCGUCUGAGAGCUCGGCGCUCACCGACGCCGACACGGACGCCACGCUGGUGGACGAGCGCGGCCCGCAGCUGGAGCAGCAGGUGGCCGCCCUGCAGCGCGAGCUGCUCCAGCAGCGCAGGAAGGUGGCCCGCCUCGAGCGGCGCAACCGCGAGCUGCUGGAGCGCGAGGCGGGCGCCGCCGCGCAGGGCCCGGCCGGCGAGCCGGAGCGUGUCCGGCUGCUGCACACCAUCCACCGGCUGACGGCGCAGACCGACGACCUGCAGGACGAGAAGCGCGCUCUGGAGCAGCGCGUGCAGGAGCUGAGCGCGGCGGCGCAGCAGCGGCCGCCCGGUCUGAGCGCCGAGCGUCAGAUCACCGACCUGCGGAUGCGGCUGUCGAAGGCCGAGUCGCUGGCUGAGGACCUGCAGGAGGAGAACGACGAGCUGCGCCACCAGAUCACCGAGAUGGAGAACGAGAUGGAGGAGAUCCAGGACAGCUUCUGCGAGGACCAGGUCGAGGAGUACCAGGACCUCAAGAAGCAGCUGGAGCAGGCCAACAAGAACGGCAGGGUGAUCCAGUUCAAACUGCGGAAGGCGGAACGCUCGCUGGAAGAGUCCCAGCAGGAGAAGGAGUCGCUGGGGAAGCAGCUGAAGGAGUUCAGGGAGUCCGGUGGCGUCUGCCGGGACCAGGUGGAGAGGCUGAAGACCGAGCUCAAACUGGCCAAAGAGGUGUCGGUGAAGCUGGGGGAUGAAGUGGAGCAGCUACGGAGUAAAGACAAAACCACCGGUGGAAGGCCGCCCAUGAGAAGACAGCCCUCCGCCAGCGACGAGGGCCGGCUGCUGCGCGAACUGCAGGACGCGCUGGAGCGCGAGGCCGAUCUGCGCGAGCAGAUGCGCUUCGCCGAGCAGGACGCGGCCGGUCUGCGCAGGAAGCUCGUCAGGGUCGAGGAGGAGAACGACGGCCUGACGGCGCAGCUCAGAAAGCUGGCCAGCAAAAACCGGCGGCGGAGCUCGCGGGACCGCGCCCUGGAUGGCGACGAGGGCAUCGCCGAGGACAUGGAGGAGCUCACCCCGCACGAGCUGAGGAUUCAGCUCGAGCUGAACGAAAUGGAGACGGCGACCCUUCGGAGAAAAAUAGAAAAGAUUGAAGAAGAAAACGAGACGUUACGGAUUCAAGUUGCCGAGCUGCAGCAGAAACCAUCCUCUCCGAAACUGAGGAAACUCGACUCUGCCGCCAAUAUCAACGAUCCCAAUGCCUACUAUGAGCACAGAAUCAAUGUUCUCGAGGAUGAGAUGAACGAAGUGCGGAAGAAGUUGAUAGAAAGGGAGCGAGAAAUUGACGUCCUGAAAACAGAGAUGCAGAUGAACCAUAAGCGAGGAAGGGGACCGUUCGCCAGAGCCAGGUCACUGGAUCUGCCUGACACGGCCAGUCUGGGCCGGAUGCGCCAAGUGCAGUCCUGUUCCCCUGAGCACGACACCGUGGAGCGACCUCCAGCGGAGCCGGCCGGCGGCCCCGAGCACGGAGCUGCGCCGCACGGGGGCGCGGAGCCGGAGCAGGGGAGCGGCGGGACGGGCGGUGUCAGAGAGACGGCCCUGCACAGCGGAGUCCCUCCGAGUGCAGCUCUUCAAGAACUAGAAAUGGAGCUUAAAAGUCAAAAGCAGAGUUUCGAAGAGCUGGCACGAAAACAUGAGAUCCUGGAAGAAAAUUACGCUGAAUUGAAGGCGCAGAGCAGUUUAGAAAGGGACCAGCUUGACGGCGAAUUUACCGUGCUGAAACACGAGUACGACGCCGUCCAGAGCGAGCUGAGGUCUCUGAGGGAGGCGCACAGCAGUCAGCAGGACCAGUGGCUUCGGGAGAAGCUGAACCUCGAACAGCGGGCGAAGGAGGCUGAGAAGCGCUGGGGAGUGCGGGCAGAGGAGACCUCCUGGAAACUGGAGAAAAUGAGACUCCAAGAGUCGCUGCGGGAGAAAAACGAAGAAAUCGACAAAUUAGAGAAGUCUAAACUCUCCCAGAAACAAGAUAUCGAGGACAUCAGGAAGGAUAUGGAGCGGCAGCUGGUCACGGCUCGGGCCGCCGGCAGCAGGGCGCUGGAGCAGGAGAAACUGCAGCUCCAGCAGGAGCUCGCCUCCAGCCAACUGACAACCGACCAGCUGCAGCAGGACCUGCUGGAGCUGAGGGCGGCACACGCCAAGCUGCGCGAGGCGCACCGGCGCGUGCUGCGGGAGAGGGACGGCUGCGAGCGGGAGCGGGCCGAGCUGGUGGGACGGCACCACCAGCUGCUCAGGGCCGCCGAGCGCCAGGAGAGCAGCGUCACACACAUCGCUGGGCAGAUUGAUAAAGUCAGCGAGCUGGUACCUUUGGUGAUUAAAGGCUCUCGGCUGACCGGUCAGCGGGAGAAGGACCACGCGCAGUUGCAGCAGACGGUGGCCGCGCUGGCCGAGGGCGCCCGCCAGCUGCGCGACGGUCUGCAGGUGCUGGAUGACGCGCGCGAGCGGUGUCCGCCGGCGCGCCGGCCCAGGAGCUACCAGCGCUCGGCGUCGGCGGGCGCCUCGCCGGCCGGCGGCGGCGCACCGACCGAGCCCGGCUACCGGUCCCCGUACCCCAGCCUACCGGGCAGCCCGCCGCGACCACCCUCGGGCCAGCUGGCCAGGAGAGCCGCCUCCAUGGGGCUACGCGGCUCCUCUCAGGACUCGGUCUACCACCGGGAUGAGGGCUCCGUGGAGUCUCUGGGGCCGUUCCACUAUCAGACGCUGCCCAGAAUCAAACUCAACGACGACCCCAACUUCGACAGAGUAUCCACCGAGUCGACCCAGAGUGAGAUCGUGAACGGAGCAGCGGCCGUGAAGAAGAAAGGAGCCCUGCGCGGCCUGUUCAGAGGCUGGUCCAGGAGCAAGAGCGUCGACACGAUGGGCUCCAGCUCGGACCUGGAGACAUCACCCCCAGCCGACUCAGAGCCUGGGAGUCCACCGACCGAGGCGCCCCCUGCAAACGAGCCGGCACACACCUCCAUUGCCGUGAAGACGGAGCCAGGUCCGAAGAUCAAAAAGAAAAUCGGAAAACUCUUCAGGACAGCGUCACCAGCCAACACCAGGAAACAUGAGGAUGUUUUGGAUCCGGCGGCGAGACACCAGAAGAAGGAAGAACGGGCGGUCGAUAGGAGGUCGCCAGCCAAGGCUGAGGCCCGAGGGCGCUCCGGGACGGCCACGGAGCCGCGGACCGAGCCGGGCUCAGCUGCGGAGAGUCCGGUGCGGCGCACUGAGCCGGCGGCGGCCCCGGCCCCAGUUCCGGGAACUGCCCCGACCACGACCCUGACCGCGGUCCCGGCCACGGCUCCGUUCAGGAACCCGCCGGUGGCCGUCAGGACGCCGCUCUCCCUCUCACCGGCGCCGGCCCGCUCUGUCUCUGUGGGCCGACCGACGACCACCUUCUCCAGCUCCCUACUGGCCUCGUCAGCCGCCAGAAGAGCCGCGCGCCGCGCCGCGCCCCCGGCCGUCGCCCCCCGACCCUCGCCGGUGCAGCGCGCGCCGCUCAUCUUCAACUCGUUUUCCCGCGCACGCGCCCGAUUCGAGUCCUGAACGGCUCGACCUGCGAUAACUGUUGGAGUUCAGACGGCCAGAGUCGUCUCACGCCGUGACGCGCGGGUCAGCGCUGAGUUUUGUGGUGGCCCGGAGUGCGUCCACUGUCCAGCAGUAGGGCCUGAACCGGGACGCGAGUCUAGUUCGAAAGACAGGUACUGGUCCGGGCACCAAGAACAGACAAACAGAGGUCUGUGGACUCGUCACUGGACACGUCUACACUGCAGAGUCCCGACAUCUCAAGGAGGCCACUGACCAGUCUCGGUCCUUUGAGGGAGGCUAGCGCAGACUUCGAGGAGCCCGGGCUUCAUGGCUGACAGCCGUUUGUACUGCAGAGGCAUGAAAGUGAAAGAUGGCAAUAUAUUGUGUUAUUUUGCUAAGGCAAAAAUGUGUCGAAUGCUCCUACACCACUGAGCAUUGCACACCGUGCUGUACCGGUAAUUUAGCAGCAUGAUAGGUAAUAUAUGUAGUUGCAGCUAUGUCGGGUAACAGUGGAAUUAUUUGUGUUUGCUUUGCUGUUGUUUAUUUGCUUCGUGUCGCAUGUACAUGCAAGUUGUCAUGCAAACCCGUUAGUAGAUUAUAGGCCGACUAUUGAUGCUCCCCGAGAUGCCGACCUUGGCCAGAGUCACAGUAUACGGGCACGGCCGGCGGCCCGUAUACCGGUCUAGGCACCGAUGGGAGCACCAUACCAAUGGUGGAGUGCACCCCGCAGUCGUCAUGCGACAGUAAGACUGGUGAGAACCCUGCCGACGGUAACUCGGUGAGAGCGCAGGCCUGUUUCGCGUUGAUGCACCUGAGUACCGUGAUGCGUGCCAUGCAAGAUGCGUGCUAUAAACAUGCUCGACAAAUGCGAACAAAUUUUGUCCAUCGACUUUUCUCGCGACGACUUUGUUCACAUGUAUUGUGUAUUUACCUGAGAAUGAGAUGUUGUCAAAGGUUACUGCUAAAGCAUGAUCGUCAACUGUUAUGCUGCAGUCGGUGACAGGAGUAAAUACACUGACCCGAGAAGUGAGAA